GGUACGAGCGACCGCCGCCCGUCAGUUGAUCCGUGUGCUCGUACGUGGCCGGUUGUGUUGACUCUCCGCAGUGCGCUCCCAGUGUGUGUGUGUGAUCGAUCUACUCUUCCACUGCUCGUCUACUCAGACCACAACCACUGCACCAAGAUGCUGCAAAACGUUCUCCGCCAGGUGGUCCGCUCGGUGGGCUCGAUCGGUACGCGAUCGUUUGCCAGCAGCUCGUUCGGCACGGCCAAGAGCGCCACCUCGCCCCUCACCUACCUGAGCGAGGACGAGAUGGUGAUGAAGGAAACGGUCGCCAAGCUGGCCCAGGAACAGAUUGCCCCGCUGGUGAAGAAGAUGGACGAGGAGCACCAGUUCGAUCCGUCCGUCGUGCGCGCCCUGUUCGACAACGGGCUGAUGGGGAUUGAGGUGAGCGACGAGUACGGGGGCAGUGCGUGCAACUUCAUGACCACCAUGCUGGUGGUGGAGGAACUGUCCAAGGUGUGCCCGGCGACGGCCGCCUUCGUCGACAUCCACAACACGCUCGUCAACUCGCUCAUGAUCAAGCUCGGCACGGCGGAACAGAAGAGCAAGUACCUGCCCAAGCUCAGCCAGGAGUACAGCGGUAGCUUCGCCCUGUCCGAACCGUCGGCCGGGUCGGAUGCGUUCUCGCUGAAAACCACCGCCAAGAAGGACGGCAACCACUACAUCCUAAACGGCACGAAGAUGUGGAUCUCCAACUCCGACCUGUCGGGUGUGUUCCUGAUCAUGGCGAACGCGAACCCUUCGGCCGGCUACCGUGGCAUCACGACGUUCAUCGUGGAGCGCGAGUACGAAGGUUUCACCGUGGGCAAGAAGGAAAGCAAGCUGGGCAUCUGUGCGUCCGGUACCUGCACGCUGCACAUGGACAAUGUGCGCGUGCCGGAGGAGAACAUUCUCGGCGAGUUCGGCAAGGGGUACCAGUACGCGGCCGGCUUCCUGAACGAGGGCCGCAUCGGCAUCGGGGCGCAGAUGAUUGGGCUGGCCCAGGGCUGCCUGGACGCGACCAUCCCGUACCUGCUGGAGCGCAAACAGUUCGGCUCGGAUCUGUACUCGUUCCAGAGCAUGCAGCAUCAGAUCGCGACGAUCGCGACCGAGAUCGAGGCGGCUCGGCUGCUGACGUACAAUGCGGCCAGGUUGCAGGAGGCCGGCGCACCCUUCCUGAAGCAGGCCGCCAUGGCCAAGUAUUACGCGUCCGAGGUGGCCCAGCGCACGACGGUGAAGUGUAUCGAUUGGAUGGGCGGCGUCGGCUUUACGAAGGAUUUCCCGCAGGAGAAGUUCUACCGCGAUUGUAAGAUCGGUGCGAUCUACGAGGGCACGACCAACAUGCAGCUCAGCACGAUCGCGAAGGUCAUGAAGAAGGAGUACCAAUCGUAAGGUGGAGAUGGUAGGAGGUGAUGAAGGAGGAAGAGGAGGAGGAAGGGGAGGAGGAAAGCUCUCAAGAGAAUGAUUACGCAACUAUGUUCGCGCGGCGCCUCCACCGGGGAUGAACGGUGGUGUGUGUGUUUGUGUGUGUGUGAGUGUAUGAUGAGGGUUGUCUUGCAAGACGAGAACAUUCCGGUUCCAGCACCGCAGGCACACUCCACACACAAACACAUAAAGCUGGUAAAAAAGGGAGCAUAUAAUAUUAGUAAAGUCUGAUAUCAAAUUUUGUCUUCCGCGUAUGAUACGCACACACACACACAGAGAUUGUACACCGCGUGGGUUUGUGUGUGUGUGUGCGCACAAAGAUAAUGCGCAUAAUCUAGCAUAGAAAACAACACCCUGCAUGCUACUAUUAUCUACACAAGGGCGUAAGGCAUUAUGUGGCCAUAGCGAACUACGGAAGUUUGUGAAAAAUUGUGAGAAAAAAUGCAUUUAUUAUGUUAAGAGCAAAGACAAACAACAGCACAGUACUAUUACGACUAUACGCAGAAAGAGAAAAGGUACACGUGGCGACUUUUUGUGGGACGAAUGGACGAAUGGACGGACACGGACACGACUGGGACUUGUAGGGCUAGGCAUUAAGGCAGUAUGUGAGCGAAGCAAUAUUUAGGCACAACGAAACGAAAUCCUGUAAAACAUUCCAAGAGUGUUACGAUUGAGCAGCAACUCUUUAAAUACAGCAUUACAAACAAAACAA